ACUGCAAAUCAAGACUGCUUUACCUGGGAGCCCAACAAGGGAAGCAGGCUGCCCCAGAAAAAGACACUGUCCAGUGUGCCAGUGGCACGCAGGAUGGAAUCCUCCAGAUUUCCCAGGUCACUUCUGGGCAGGCAGCAGGAUCACGGGGCGGAGGCAGUUGGCUUGGUCUCAUGCCCUCCACUGCACCUCGCGGAGGGGAACAUUCGCCUCCUCCUCGUUUCGGUCACCUAGUUUUGCUUUCUGCAUCCGUGAGCAGACCCGACUACCUAACGAAGGAGCGGAGUCCAAGAGUCAACGUGACCAGUCAGGGAAACCAGGCAGAGGCUGAGGGGCACUUCGUUUCCCCUCUUGCGCAUCCAAACCCAGCCCUGGCCCGCCAGGGUCUCUGAGUAGCUGGGAGCCGGUGGUCCUGCGGCCAGACCCGCAGGGGGAGGGGUCUCCGCGCUCGCCCCCUUCCCAUUCUAAGUGUCAGGAGCCAGUGCGCAGGGGUCCUGGAAGACCCGAGUCUCUGCCUCGCACGGGGAACCGAGGGAGGCACCUCGAGCGCCUCGACACAUUCCCCAAGGCCGGGCUCGGGACAGCUGAGGCAGGGUCGCCAAGCCGCCAGCCUGCGGGAAACUUCGCAGGGUGCCCGACGUGGGCAAGGGGGCGGUUCAAGAGUACUGGGGCACCUUCCAGGAACCCGGCGGAGCAGCGGCCACCGCACGCAGGGGCGGCAGGCGGAGACGCCUCUCGCGGGCCCCACACUGUCCUGGCUCUCUCCGGGUUGGAAGCGGUCGCCGGCAGGAGGAGGCGCCGCGGGGCGCGGGGUCCCAGGCGCAGUUCAAGCCGCGGGGCCCGAAUCGCUCCCGGCCCGAGCGCCCCCGCCCCUCCGCAACCCGGCCUCGCCCCCGCCGCGCACGCCCCUCCCGCCUCCCCCCGUUGCCGUGGCAACCCCGGGAGCCUCCAGGCGCGCGCGCGCCCGCGGGAGCGCUCGACAGCGGCGGCGGCGGCGGCGGCAGCUCCGGCUCCAGCCGCGCGCUGCGACCUCACUCCGGAGCCCGCGCGUCGCCCCCGGCCCAGCCCCGGGCCCCAGCGCGGCCCCCCGCCGGCCCCUGCUCCCGCCCCGCCGCCGGCCCCCAUGGAGCUGCUGGCUGCAGCCUUCAGCGCCGCCUGCGCCGUGGACCACGACAGCUCCACCUCGGAGAGCGACGCGCGCGAUUCGGCGGCGGGACACCUGCCCGGCAGCGAGUCAUCCUCCACCCCGGGAAAUGGGACCACGCCCGAGGAGUGCCCGGCCCUGGCGGACAGCCCCACCACCCUCACCCAGGCCCUGCAGAUGAUCCAUCCCAUUCCUGCCGACUCCUGGAGAAACCUCAUUGAACAAAUAGGGCUCCUAUAUCAGGAAUACCGAGAUAAAUCGACCCUCCAAGAAAUCGAGGCCAGGAGGCAACAGGAUGCAGAGCUACAGGGCAGUGCAGACGGGUCCCCGGCCAGCGAGGACACCCCGGAGGAGGAGGAGGAGGAGGAGGAACCGGCAAGCCCACCCGAGAGGAGGGCUCUGCCCCAGAUCUGCCUGCUCAGCAACCCCCACUCGAGGUUCAACCUCUGGCAGGACCUUCCAGAGAUCCAGAGCAGCGGGGUGCUGGAGAUCCUUCAGCCCGAGGAGGUCAAACUACAGGAGGCCAUGUUCGAGCUGGUCACCUCCGAGGCCUCCUACUACAAGAGCCUGAACCUGCUGGUGUCCCACUUCAUGGAGAACGAGCGGAUGAAGAAGAUCCUGCACCCGUCGGAGGCUCACAUCCUCUUCUCCAACGUCAUGGACGUCCUGGCCGUGAGCGAGCGGUUUCUGCUGGAGCUGGAGCACCGGAUGGAGGAGAACAUCGUCAUCUCCGACGUGUGCGACAUCGUGUACCACUACGCGGCCAACCACUUCUCCGUCUACAUCACCUACGUGAGCAACCAGACCUACCAGGAGAGGACCUACAAGCAGCUGCUCCAGGAGAAGGCGGCUUUCCGGGAGCUGAUCGCGCAGCUGGAGCUCGACCCCAAGUGCAGAGGCCUGCCCUUCUCCUCCUUCCUCAUCCUGCCCUUCCAGAGGAUCACGCGCCUCAAGCUGCUGGUGCAGAACAUUCUGAAGAGGGUGGAAGAAAGCUCCGAGCGCGAAGGUACUGCCCUGGAUGCCCACAGGGAACUGGAGAUGGUGGUGAAGGCGUGCAAUGAGGGCGUCAGGAAAAUGAGCCGCACGGAGCAGAUGAUCAGCAUCCAGAAGAAGAUGGAGUUCAAGAUCAAGUCGGUGCCCAUCAUCUCGCACUCCCGCUGGCUGCUGAAGCAGGGCGAGCUGCAGCAGAUGUCGGGCCCCAAGACCUCCCGCACCCUGCGGACCAAGAAGCUCUUCCGAGAGAUUUACCUCUUCCUCUUCAACGACCUGCUGGUGAUCUGCCGCCAGAUCCCUGGAGACAAGUACCAGGUGUUCGACUCCGCCUCGCGCGGCCUGCUGCGAGUGGAGGAGCUGGAGGACCAGGGCCAGACGCUGGCCAACGUGUUCAUCCUGCGGCUGCUGGAGAACGCAGAUGACCGCGAGGCCACCUACAUGCUGAAGGCAUCCUCUCAGAGUGAGAUGAAGCGGUGGAUGACCUCUCUGGCCCCCAACAGGAGGACCAAAUUUGUUUCCUUCACAUCCCGGCUGCUGGACUGCCCCCAGGUCCAGUGCGUGCACCCGUAUGUGGCCCAGCAGCCUGACGAGCUGACGCUGGAGCUGGCUGACAUCCUGAACAUCCUGGAGAGGACAGAAGAUGGGUGGAUCUUUGGGGAGCGCCUGCAUGACCAGGAGAGAGGCUGGUUCCCCAGCUCCAUGACCGAGGAGAUCCUGAACCCCAAGAUCCGCUCUCAGAACCUCAAGGAAUGUUUCCGUGUCCAUAAGAUGGAUGACCCUCAGCGCAGCCAGAACAAGGACCGCAGGAAGCUGGGCAGCCGGAAUCGGCAGUGACCGCUGGCCAGGCACCAGCCUGCACAAGGAGGGGAGCGGGCAGGCCUGGCAGGACCCUGGCCGUCAAGGAGGGCCUGGGGAAGGACGGGCUGGCACCCCCAGGGUGCCACAGAAGGAGCCUGGGUGUACACCCUGUCCCUGCCACGUGGCCAGUGCUCGCGCGUCCUGCCCUCCUUCACCUAGAGGCUGGAGCCGCCACCUCUCCCGGUCCUCGUGAAGGACAAGGCGUGUUGUCAGCAGUAUUUACACCACCCCUCUCUUGCCUCUUCGCGGGGUUGGGGGACAGGCAUGCUCCAGAGGCCUCCCAGGACCACUGGAGUCCCUGAGCCCGGUGUCCCUGGCGGGCGAGGUGGCGGGUGACGACCGUCAUGCCCCUGCACUGCACGUGCCCUUCCCUACCUUGGAAGCUGCAGAACCUACCAGGCACACCGAUGGGCUGCCUUUGCCUGACAGAGCUUGAUGAGCAGCUCUUGGUCUCCGGCUCACAGGACUGAGACCAGCCACUUGUCCUCCCUUGCCCCUGCCUCUGCCGCCUCUGGCUGCACGGCCAGGCCCUGCUCCGUGGCAGGCCUACCAGAGCUUGGCUGAGGGCCCAUGUCACCUCUGGCUCCUUGAUGGGCUGGAUGUAACUUGUGUCUUCUGGCCCCUUAAGGAGCCCAGGUGUUUUAUGGAAUGAAUUGGUCACUGCAUCCUGUAUGGUUAUGGUUCUGAGAAAAGCAAAUACCAUUUUUUGGCUGCAUUAAAA